AUGCUGACACUGAAGAGGCUGACACUGCUAGCUGCCUUCCUCUCCGUGGGCAGCGGCUCCGACCUGCGUCUGGAAGCCGCCGGCCUGCCAUGCCAGGCUCGGGACUUCGGGGCUGACAGCGUGGUGUGUGUCUGCACGGCUGACUACUGCGACUUCCUGGGCAACGUGACGCGAGGACCUGAUGGAACGUUCACCAGCAUCACUUCCUCCAGAGACGGUCUUCGCUUCCACGUGGAUACCGGCGUCUUGUCCCAGGCGCCUAUGGAGGGGGGUGUGAUUAUCCACGUGAAUAACAAAUAUGAAUACCAGACCAUGAUGGGAUUCGGGGGAGCAUUCACAGACGCAACAGGUAUCAACAUUGGUACUCUGCCCAACAAUACCCAGGAGGUUCUGCUGAAGUCCUACUUCUCGCCUGAGGGUAUCGAGUACAACCUGUGUCGCGUCCCCAUCGCCGGCAGUGACUUCUCAACUCGUCCAUACUCCUAUGACGACGUGGAGGGCGACGUGGAACUGACACACUUCAGUUUGGCGGACGAGGAUUACUUGUACAAGCUUCCGUACAUCCAACGGGCCAUCUCGCUAUCCGAACGAGAUCUCCUCAUCCUUGGUUCUCCUUGGUCUCCCCCGGCUUGGAUGAAAGAAAACGGGCACUUCAACGGGUCAGGUGGCAUUCUGAAGGAAAUGUGGCAGCCGUAUUCUGACUAUUUUGUGAAGUUUGUGCAGAGUUACGAGGCCGAAGGUGUGCCGAUAUGGGGACUCACGACACAGAAUGAGCCUCUGACAGGGUUCGAGGACUGGUUCUGGAACACGUGUGCUUGGACGCCAGAAGACCAACGGGACUGGAUUAAGACCAAUUUAGGCCCGACGCUGGAAGCUGCUGGACUCAGAAGAAUUAAACUCAUGGUGGAUGACCACAACCGCGACACCUUGCCCUGGUACCCUGCCACUAUUCUAGAGGACCCGGAAACCAACAAGUACGUGGACGGAAUUGCUCUCCACUGGUACGCCGAUGACUGGACAGGACCCAGCGUGAUGGACGAAACCCAGGCACUCUUCCCUGACAAGUUCCUGCUCUACACCGAAUCCUGCGACGGUUGGGACGCCGAGCCCGGAGAACGCGUACUCCUUGGUGACUGGUUUCGGGGAGAGAGUUACGCCUAUAACAUUAUCGAUGAUAUGAACCACUGGUCGACGGGAUGGGUGGACUGGAACAUGGCCCUGGACAUGACCGGAGGACCUAACUGGGCCAACAACUUCGUGGACUCCCCCAUCAUUAUCAACAAGGAAACAGGAGAGUUUUACAAGGAGCCGAUGUUCUACGCGAUGGGCCACUUCAGCAAGUUCAUCAGCCCGGGAUCCCGUCGCACAUACACUAAUAUCUUCGGGUCUGAACAAGUCAAGGCUACAGCUGUUCACAAUAGUCAGGACGACACCACAACCGUCGUCAUUAUUAAUCUAGGCGACGCGGCUGAAGCUCUGAGCGUUGACAUCGGCGACAGCACCAACUACAUCAACUUUGAUCUUCCCGCCAAGGCCAUCGUCACUCUCCUUUACAAGACCCCGACCGUCGCUUAAGUAAAAGGAGACUGAGGACUUGGCUCAAGAAACACGACGGGGAAGGAGAGUAAUGUUGCGGGUGAGGGGGGUAGGGAGGGAUAGGGGUGUAAUAUUUUUUUUCUCUCUUUCUUUCUUAAAUUUGAUAGAUUGUUGAUUUUAGCGGUCGAGCUUUAUUGUUAUUUUUUUCUGUAUUUAUAAGUGAUUAAAUCUGCAGUGAGCGUU